AUGCAUCAUUUAGCCGCCGUGGCUACUUCUAAUUCGCCAUCUUCUGGAGCUAAUCUACAAAAUUCUCAACAAUUACCUGACUAUAAAAUUGGAGCUGGUAAUUUAAUACUUGACGGAACCCCUCUAAAUAACGAUAACACUUUAAAUGACCAAGAAAACUCUGUUAUUGAAUUUGAAGCUCGGUUGAGCACACUGCCAAAAAUUCCAACUUCAAGACUUGGUAAAGGUGCAACCGCUCUUAUUGAAGGCGAUAAUAUUCCUUCAGUUUUUCCGCCUUCAUUUACCGUUGUACUCGGUAAUAUGCCUUCCUAUCUUUCCCACCGUCUCUUCACAUCCAGUACCUUCCAGCAAAUCUCCCAACCCGCAAACAAUGUUCCCAUUCAACCCUCCGCAGCUGCUAUUAUCGCUGCCCCAGUUGAUCCGAAAAUCUCAGGCUGUCUUUUCUACCCUAUUCUUGAAGCAGAUUCUCAUUCUCAUCAAGUUUCUUUUUAUUUUUAUCAACAGGUUGAUGAAUCCACAGCAGCUGUGGCCGAAUUGACGUCAGAAGUUCCUGCGGUAAACAUGAGCCAUGCUGAACAGUAUGAGGAGGAGGUUGAUGAAUCUAUCCAAAUCUCCACAUCAUAA